CCCCCCUCCCCCUCCGGCGAAUCCCGAUCGGCGCGCCGGCGAAGCGGAACCCUAGCGCCCCCGCCGUCGUCCCCCUCCCGGCGGUUGCUGCUGCUGCUGCUGCGGCGCCUCGGUCGUCCUCCCCGGCGAGUGAAGAUGCGAUGGAUACCGCGGUUCACCGCCCUCUUCUCCUUCGCGAUCGCGAUCGUCCUCCUCUCCCCUUCCUUCCAGUCCUCCCCGCCCGCUGAGGCCAUCCGCUCCUCCUCCCGCCUCGGCCACCGCUUCCCGUUCCGGUGCGCCCCCGCCUUCCGCAAUGCCGACGGGUGCCGCCGCCGCCCCCCCGCGAACUCCGGCGAGAUCGGCAUCUGCGACCCCAGCCUCGUCCACGUGGCGAUCACGCUGGACGCCGAGUACCUCCGCGGCUCGGUGGCCGCCGUCCACUCCAUCCUGCAGCACGCGCGGUGCCCCGAGGACGUCUUCUUCCACUUCCUGGUCUCCGACACGGGCCUCAAGGCCCUGGUCCGCUUCGCCUUCCCGUCGCUGAAGUUCAAGGUGUACUACUUCGAUCCGGCGGUGGUGCGCGACCUGAUCUCCACCUCCGUGAGGCAGGCGCUCGAGCAACCGCUCAAUUACGCCCGGAAUUACUUGGCCGACCUGCUCGAGCCCUGCCUCAGCCGAGUCAUCUACCUCGACUCCGACCUCGUCGUGGUGGACGACAUUCACAAGCUGUGGUCGACGAGCCUGGGUUCGCGGACGAUCGGCGCGCCGGAGUACUGCCACGCCAACUUCACGAAGUACUUCACGCCGAGGUUCUGGUCGGACGAGCGGCUCUCCGGCGCCUUCGCCGGGAGGAGGCCGUGCUACUUCAACACGGGAGUAAUGGUGAUAGAUCUGGCCCGGUGGCGCCGGUUCGAGUACACGAAGCGGAUCGAGCGGUGGAUGGAGGUCCAGAAGAACGGCCGGAUUUACGAGCUCGGGUCGCUCCCGCCGUUCCUGCUCGUGUUCGCCGGACGCGUGGCGCCGAUCGAGCACCGGUGGAACCAGCACGGGCUCGGCGGCGACAACGUGAGGGGGAGCUGCCGCGACCUCCACCCCGGCCCGGUCAGCCUCCUGCACUGGUCCGGAAGCGGCAAGCCGUGGCUCCGGCUCGACUCCAGACGGCCGUGUCCGCUGGACGCGCUCUGGGCGCCCUUCGACUUGUAUGGUCACUCCCGUUGAAGGGCCGGAGGGCGAUUCUACAGAGGACAGGAAAUUCAAACUAGUCGCCGAGGAAGGAGGAGGAGAAAAAGCAGCAGCAGAAGAAGAAGAAGAAGCAGAACAAAUCAAGUGAAAUGAUGGGGAUGGUGGUGGUGAGGCGGGGGACCCAGAUCUCACUGUACUUUGUUCUGCCCCGGGGGCAUCCGAAGUUUAGUAAGUUCUGCACUAGUUGAUGGUCCGAAAUGAUGUUCUUGCCCUCGAUGGUCGGCCAGCGCGGGUUGGGAAGGCGUGGGGACCGAUUCUUCUUUGGCCCAGUGGCAUCGCUCCAACACGUGGUCCAGUUGAUGGGGCGUGCGCCUGAUGCCAAGAGGAUUGCGGCCGACGACUUUUGGACGAGGAGGUCGGUCGCCCCUAUCUCCCUGGCUCUCUCUCGUACUGUUCUGUUCCGUGUUUGGUUCGCAUUACCAUUUCUUUAUUAUUGAAUUUCCAGGAGCUCCUAACGCUUUGCUUGGUUUGGCUC